AUGAAAGUGUUCGUCUGGCUCUCCGUCGUGCUCUACGCUGUGUCGGUCACCGUUGCUGCGCCUCAAGGCUGCACUCAUAAGGUCAAGGAGCAGAUCGAGCCUCCCCGAGGCUGGGUGAAGCUAGCACCCGCUCCUCCUGACCACAUCAUCCAUCUGCGGAUCGCAUUGCUACAGCCUAACUUCACUCAGCUCGAGCAGGCGCUGUAUGAAGUUAGUGAUCCGGAUCAUGCUCGCUAUGGACAGCAUCUAUCCAAGGAGCAGGUAGAGGAGCUCGUGGCCCCUCAUUCGGAAAGCAUCAAUGUCGUGGAUGAAUGGCUCGCCUCCCUUGGCAUUCAGCAGAGCGAGCUCUCCCGAUCUUCCGCAAAGGAUUGGGUCAAGGUCAAGGUGCCAGUGAGUCUUGCAGAGAAGAUGCUCGAUACGACAUAUCACGUUUGGCAACACACGGAGUCCGGCGAUACUAUCGUCAGGACCACCCACUACGGCCUGCCCGAGGAUGUCCACGGUCAUGUGGAGCUAGUUCAGCCGACGACGAUCUUUUCUCGGUUCAGAGGCAUGAAGACCACGUAUAGGUUGACCUCCAGCAAUCAGCAGGCUUCGGACUCGGGUGCCGCUUCCAUCCGUAGCGCCUCGGGCACCGUUGUCGAUGCCAGUUGCAAUUCCACUAUCACGAUAACCUGCCUCAAGGAGCUGUACAAUGCGACUGGGUACAAUUCCUCCGCCACGAACGGGAAUACGAUUGGAAUCACGGGUUACCUUGAACAAUACGCGAACUUCAUGGACCUGCAAUCGUUUUAUGCUCAGCAGCGUCCCGACGCCGUCAAUUCCACCUUCAAGGUUACGCUCAUCAAUGGAGGACAGAAUAACCAGACUCUCUCUGCUGCAGGGAUCGAAGCUGACCUUGAUGUCGAAUUCGCCUUCGGCUUGACCUAUCCAACCCCUAGCUAUUUCUACUCCACUGGGGGAAGCCCACCUUUCAUACCGGACAUGGAUACUCCAACCGAUACUAAUGAGCCUUACGCCGAGUGGCUUGACUAUAUCCUUGGUGUGCCCAAUCCACCUCAGACGAUAUCUACCAGUUACGGAGACGAUGAGCAGACGGUACCUGAGAGCUACGCUCAACGUGUAUGUGCUAGUUUUGCCCAACUAGGUGCUCGAGGUGUAUCUUUAAUGUUCUCUUCCGGAGACGGCGGAGUUGGGGAUGGGGACCCCGACCCUGCCACUCAGACAUGCUAUACUAACGAUGGCCGCAACGUGACUCGUUUUAUUCCUGGAUUCCCAGCGAGCUGCCCAUACGUCACAGCUGUUGGUGGCACAACCUAUGUUCCGGAGGUCGCGGUAUUCUUCUCUGGUGGAGGAUUUAGCAUUUACUUCGCCCAGCCCUCGUACCAGACAGCAGCUGUGGCCAGUUACUUGGCCAAACUUGCCCCUGGCACCUACCAAGGUCUCUAUAAUCCUUACGGCCGGGCUAUCCCGGAUGUCUCCGCGCAAGCAAACUACUUCCUCGUGUGGAAUGCAGGCGAGCCAAUUUAUGUUGGAGGCACUUCGGCCUCGUCCCCCACGUUUACUGGCUUCGUCUCACUUCUCAAUGACGCAUUGAUAUCCGCGGGACGGCCCCCACUGGGCUUCUUGAACCCUUUCUUAUAUAGCAGAGGAGUCGCUGGGUUGACAGACAUUACUGCCGGCAACAACCCCGGUUGCGGUACGGAAGGCUUCAACGCUACGGUUGGAUGGGAUCCAGGCAAGUUGUUGAACUGCGAGAAGUCGGGCUGGCUAACGAUAACCAUUGCAGUCACCGGCCUGGGCACUCCCAACUUCGGGCUGUUAAAGGACAUUGUCCUCUCUUAA